AUGGACAACUAUUCCGAGGAGAGCUUUCAGCAGUGGCUCUCUGCCGUUGUGCAGAAAGUUAGGAGCCAGACAAAGAGCAUCUCCAAGGAAAGCCUUGAAGUCUUCCAACCUGAGUCGUUUGUGGAAGCAUGUACAGGUUUAGCAUCUCUAUCCACUAAAGGAUAUACAUCGUCGGUCUUAAGCAAAUGGCUCUCGAUGUUACUAAAACAACUAUCAAGCCCUGAAAUACACAAAAAGCUUCCAUAUGCACUCGACCCUGAUCUUUUCUGUCCUCUACAAGCAGAUUUCUCAACGGGAUUACUAGCACCUGAAGACGCUAUCCGCAGGCUCCCAAUGUGUGUUAUCUGCGCUAGAGUAGCUAUUAGGUUCACUAUAAACACAAAUUGCAAAUGCAUUGCAUGCUAUAAGUGUGCCAAGACCCAUCUAUUAGACAGUAUGGUCCAAGCAAAAGGUAGAACAACAGCCAUUCCCUGCUUUGGGUGCAAUGGAAUGCUUCGAAACGUGACGUGGAGCGUGGCUUACUAUGAGCGUCUGCUAAAUGCUAAAGUUCAAUGUCAUGAUAGUCGCUGUACUUUUUCAGGAAGCAUUGUGGAGUAUUGCGAACACUCGCUGAGCGUACACAGGGCUAACAACUCCUUGGAGUCUCACAAUACAUCCGUGAUAAAUAGCUCCUUCAUCGAUGCAACACAGUACGAGGAAAGCACCCCAAAUCACCAGCAGGCACCAUACAUGUUUGGAGCCUACGGAAAUGAGGAGCCUGUAGUGUCAUUGACAACAUUUUCCCAGAUAGAAACAUGCACACCCUCGCAGACAUUAGAGCCCGAGCAAUUGAAUGCCUCUCCCCAAAUGAUUCCAAUGUACUCAGAAAGUGCAGUACGGCACGGAAAGGGCAGGGGCGGCAAGCGAUUAAAGAUAGACAAUGCAGGAGAGAAGGAAGAGAGGAAGGAGAAGAUAUUACCAGUAGAGCCUCCACCCAAUGGAGUCAGUGUCUUGCCCCUACCCUCUGAAGGUCAGCAACCCAUAGUGCCACAGGUUCCUUUUUUCAUUUCUGCAGCACCCUGCUCGAAUCCAUCGACUUCUUCAUCUCUACUACCAUCUGAGCCAUUGACACAAGCCGCUGGGAUGACCUCGGUCAUGCCACCUGCCCAGUCCGCACCAGCAGCACCACCUCCAUCAAAGGAAACCGAGAAAGCACCAAGAAAGAAACAAAUGCCAAUUGGAGCACUGAUUAUGGGCCUCAUCGUUGGAGCUGUUGUUGCACAGAUAGCAUUAUUCUUUACCAACCUUGGUUCCAUUUUCCCCGUUGGGUAUAAUGGAAUACGUUAUGUAAAUAAGAUCUAG